UGAUGACUGGAGGCCUUAUAAUUCAUUUCAGUCGUGAUUCCUUUGGGACUGCAGGCUUCUCCUACGACUUUGGCUCUCUCGAUGGGAAACCAAACGCUAUGAUUUCAGUCCUCGACGCUUUCGCAGCGCCCUCAGCCCAGAGCGUAUUGGAUAGGAUCGUGUUCCUGCUUUCUAACUUUUUCCCUAUUGCUAUGCGUGUGCCAACCAAGCAGAACAAGAUACUUGACAACCUCCGUCUUCGAUUGUCAGAGAUUUGUGGCAUAUUGGUCAAUAACACCACUACUGAGAAGGAAGACACGUCAAAUGAACAACUUUCCACAGUCGGAUUGCUGCUGAAGGCAGAGGAUGAAGAUUCUGGCCGACGUGUCACUCGAGAGGAAGUCUUGGCGCAGAUGCGUGUAUUAUUUAUCGCGUCGUAUGAGACCACAUCAAGCAGUAUGACAUGGGCAUUGGUCGAACUCGCACGGCAUCCAGAUAUUCAAACUAAACUCCGCACAGAACUUUUGACUUUCGGCGGAGAACCCUCAUACGAUCAGUUCAACACUGAUCUCCCUUACCUCAAUGCCGUAGUGCAGGAGAUUCUCCGCCUUCGCCCAGCCCCCCAAGAAUUGAUACGCCGAGCAGAUGAAGAUGAUGUCAUCCCCCUAUCAGAGCCUGUGCGAACAAAGUCCGGUGAAGUAGUUGACAGCAUAACUAUCGAACGCGGGACGGAGAUCGGCAUAUCUAUUUCCGGCAUGAACCGCUCCGAGGCGAUCUGGGGUCCAGACGCUAAAGUGUUUCGACCUGAACGAUGGUUGGAAGCAGACGGCGUAACGAAGAAGGCUCAAGAGGUAAAGGGACACCGGCACUUGCUCUCAUUUGGUGAUGGACCGAGGGCCUGCAUUGGGAAAUUGUUUGCUAUUGCCGAAAUUAAGACAGUACUUUCGGUGGUGAUUAAGAACUUCGUAUUUGAUAUGAGGGACGGGCCAGAUACGAAAAGUCGAGAUAAUCAGGGGGAUUACGUUGAGGCCCAAGGUUGCAGGAGAAGAUAGCACCAAGGUACCAUUGAGGAUUAGACAAUACAGAGGCUGAAAAUGUGACUUGACUCAACCCUAGUGUGCGCGUUUGUUCAAUCCUGAUAAGAAAUAGAACUCGCUGUUUGAUGGCCGCCUUUCACAGGUCUGUCUCUGGCCCACAGUUAGGGGUUAAAA